AUGCACCCGACGGAAAACGUACGUUCCAAGCAGACCAUUACAAGCGCGUGGUCCGGUGGGAAGUCUCGACUGGAGCAGUUGGUGGAGAAGCAGCAGCAUACGGUCAAGAGCUUGGAGGAAACGCACGAGGCCAAGUACGAACUACUGGUCAAGCAGCAGGACAUCCAGCGAAGAAACCUCAAGUCAACGUUCGAGGCGGAGAGGAAGAAGGUUGCCAUUGAGAGCAGCAGCGACGACAGCAGCCUCGACUCCGCCGCUCGCAAGAAAAAAAACGACCUCAAGCAGGCCGCCGCAAACUGGGUGGCUCCGACCUCCACUGGAGUUAACAACUCGGAGGCCAUCGUGCAGUACGACGAUCUCAAGACUGGCAAGAUCUACUCGGAGAUGGAGGAGAUGAAAGCGCGCGGGGUCGGCGUGGACCACGCGGUGGACGACUACGAAGCGGUCAAAGCAAAACUUGGUGCCGACGCUGAUACUUCCGGCUCGAGAUUCAACGAUGCCUUCCGAAUUGCUCGCGCGGAGAACCAAAGGCAAGACAUGGUAUUUCUUGAUUCUCGACGACUUCGAGAGUCACGCGACACACACUUCGACCAGAGAUGCACUCUGUACAUUUUCUGCACAUACGCAAGGUCUCAAACAUUCAUUCAUUGA